CUCUCUCUCUCUCUCUCUCUCUCUCUCUCUCUCUCUCUCUGAGUUCAAACAAUAACCAAACUCUAAACUUUUGUUCAUAUUUGUGUGGCUAUAGUUGGAUUUUUCUUAGUAACAUUAUCAACUAAGGUUUUUUCAAACCAUGAACAACAACAACAAAGAAACAUCUUCACUUCCAUUUAUCACUCUCUCUUGUUCCUUCUCUUACCUUAAAUAAAAAACACAACUUGUCUUUGGGUUCUUUUGUUCUCUUCUCUUCUCUUGUUUUUCUCUCUCAAUCUUCCACUAUUCACCACUGUGUUCAACUAUUUAGUCUCUAACUUUUUUUUUUGUCUUUAGAUCCAAAAAAAACAACAUAUGAAAAAAAAAAACACAAGAUCUUUAGAGUUUAGUCUACAAGAACAAGAUCCUUAGUUUCCUCAAACUUGCAGUUAUAACAUGGUCAAAGGUUUAAUGAUGUUCCAACAACAAGUGGUGGAAGAAAACAUGUCAAAUUUAACUUCUGCAUCUGGUGAAGCUAGUGCUUCUUCUGGUAACAAAACUGAAUUUGGAACAAGUUCUAGUUACCAACAACAACAUCAACAACAUCAACAGCAACAACACUUGGUUCCUCAAACUCAAACUCAAUCUCAACCAAUGAAGAAAAAGAGAAACCUCCCUGGUAACCCAGGUUUGUUUUUAUCAUCUUUUUUUUCUUUCAAAUUUCAUAUUCAUAUUCAAAAUCAAAACUUUUAUAAAUUUGAUGAACAUGGUUGUGUUAAUUUUUCAGACCCUGAAGCUGAGGUAAUAGCUAUGUCACCGAAAAGUCUACUAGCGAAAAACCGAUUCAUAUGUGAGAUCUGCAACAAAGGCUUCCAACGAGAUCAAAAUCUUCAGCUUCACAGAAGAGGCCACAACUUACCAUGGAAGUUGAAGCAAAGAACAAGCAAAGAAAUCAGGAAGAAAGUGUAUGUAUGUCCAGAAACAUCUUGUGUGCAUCAUGAUCCAUCAAGGGCUUUGGGAGAUUUGACUGGAAUCAAGAAGCACUUUUGCAGAAAACACGGUGAGAAGAAGUGGAAAUGUGAAAAGUGUUCAAAGAAAUACGCUGUUCAAUCUGAUUGGAAAGCUCAUUCUAAAACAUGUGGAACAAGAGAGUAUAGAUGUGACUGUGGAACUCUCUUCUCAAGGAGGGACAGUUUCAUAACACAUAGAGCAUUCUGUGAUGCAUUAGCAGAAGAAAGUGCAAGAGUUAUAACAAAUAAUACAAUUCCGAUUAUACCCUCAUCACAAUCACCAUCAUCUUCUCAUCAUCCUCAUCAUCAUCAUCAUCACAUGAUAAAUCUACAAAAUCAAUUCAAUAAUCAUAAUCAUAAUCAUAAUCAACAUCAAGAACAAGAGGUUCGUAAUAAUUUUCCAUUAUUGAAAAAAGAACAACAACAACAACAACAUCAAAGUUUUGAUCUUUCGGAAAUUCCACCUUGGCUUGGCCCACCAAAUGUUGGUGAAAUCUCAUCAUCAAUAUUCUCUCAAACACAACAACAGCAACAACAUCAAGAAAACCCUAACCCUAAUCUUGUUCAUGUUCAUGGGCCCACAUUGCCUCCUUACCAAACAGUACCUUCCCCACACAUGUCAGCUACUGCAUUAUUGCAGAAAGCAGCUCAGAUGGGUGCAACUAUGAAUAGAACAGGUUCUGCUUCUUCACCAGCUAUGAAUGCUAUCAAUGUUAGGUCCCACCAAGUUGAUUCUCUCAACAAUGUUUCUUCUGCUCAUUUUGGUUUGAAUCUGUUAUCAUCAUCACGUGAACAUGAACAUCAACAUGAACAUGAACAACAACAAAACACAACAACAGCGACAACAACAGCAGCAACAGCAACAACAUCGUCCUAUCUUAGUAAUAUUCAUGAUGUUAUGUUUUCAUCUUCAUCUCCUUCUGGAUUUGAAUCAACUCAGUUUGAUGAAAUGUUUGGUGGCAUUAUGAAUCCAAAGAAAGAUCAUCAUGAGAGACAGCCUAAAACAACGGCCGGUGAUGACGGUGGUGGCGGAGGAGGUGGUGGAAAUGAAGGAUUGACUAGAGAUUUCUUGGGUCUUAGGCCACUUUCUCAUAGUGAUAUACUAAGCAUGGCAGGGAUUGGAAACUGCAUGAAUGAUGAACAAAAUCAGUCUCAAAAGCCACUAUGGCAAGGUUAGAUUAGAUCCAUAAAAUACAAGAAUUAUGGAUUUUUUUUUUGUUAUAUUUUUAUUAAUAUUUUUAUAUUAUUUUUUAUUUUAUUUAUUUUCAUAUAUUAAUUUUGUUUAUGAUUAUUGAUUAAUAUUUAUCUUCCCAAAGGGGAGGAGGACCUUUCUUUCUCCAAUGAUCCCUAUUAUAUUUUCAAUCCUUGUGUACUUAUAUUUAAGUAACUUUUAGUAAUGAAUAACAAAGAUAGAUAAUAAUUUUGGA